AUGGACGGACUUUCCCUCAAUGAUGCUCUUGAAAAAGGACCAUGUCUUAUGAAUUCCCUAUUUGAUGUGUUGAUUGGCUGGAGACAGAAUGAAGUCGCCUUUGCUGGAGACGUCUCGAAGAUGUUUAAUCAGAUAGCUGUCCAUCCGGAUAAUCAGAAAUACCACAGAUUCUUGUGGAGAGACGGAGAAACUGACAGAGAGCCUGAUGUGUAUCAAUGGGUACGUCUUAGUUUUGGAGAUAAGCCAGCUCCAGACCUUGCCAUCAAUGCCAUUAAUCUUCUCGCUGAUAGAGCUCAAGUCGAAUUUCCAGAAGCAGCAAGAAUCCUAAAGGAUCAUACUUAUGUGGAUGACGUCGCGGGGUCGGAGAUAUCACCAGAGAAAGUCAAGAAAGUGGUUGAUGGUAUCGAUACCAUUUUGGGCAAAGGCAAGUUUGUCACUUUGCCAUCAAAGCGUGGCAUAGCAACAGCCCAGAGAUUGAUCAAGAUGGUAACGAGAAUCCGGUGA